AUGGGGCAGCCAAAAGAUCAGCUGGUGCUUCAACUUGGCCUGAUGCUUGUGAUCCUUCUGACAAGGAGCACCCAGUUUCCAGCAAAGCAUCGCCAUACCGUCUCCUUAUUAGCCAGCAGAUUCCUCUCAGCCUCUGAAAACGAGGAUGAGGAAGAGUUGAGCAUUGUGGCCUACACAUGUUCAAGCUUGUGGCCUUAUCCGGAAGGUAUUCCACCACAAAGAGUGGCGACUGAUCUUGGUUGGUACAUCAAGCCCAGGAACGUAGACUUUUGGGAGCAUUUCAAGGUGGACUCCUUGGGGGAUGAGCAAAGAUGGGGAGACAUGGUGAGAGUGUCCAGAGGCACCUUUGAUUACAUCGUCGAGAUGUUGACCCCCGCUCUAGAGACAAACGUCCCUCUUCCAUUUAGGAACAUCCCCAAUCGAGUGUUUGCUGUAGACAGGCAGGUUGCCAUCGUUCUGCACCGCUUGGCCACUGGAAGCUCUGUUCCCAGCAUCAUGGAAAUGUUUGGCGUCAGCGAGGCCUCAGUGUACCUGGCUGUUAAAAGAAGAACCCAGAAGGGGGCUGCCCACGCAACCGCCGGAGCAACAUUGAUGCAGGGGUAG